AUGCAGCGUUUGGCCCUGAGACGUCAUCUUGAUCAACUAAGUGAACAAGUCCUAGAGAAGGGUUACCUAGUGUCACAGUUUCGGUAAUAACUCAACAUAAAAACAGGGUGCCAAGAAAGUUACUACAGCUUAUCCUUCGGGCAAGCUGUAGCUAGCAUGUACUUGCCCAAGAGUUAUUUUAACUAGCCCGAAAAACAUUUUGAUGGCAGCAAGAAUGAUUGCCCGUUGGGCAAGUUAAGAAUAGAAUUCAUUACCAAGAUCGCAAAAUCCACUUUAGAACCCUGGGCUAUUGCACACAACUUUCUUUGCAUGCUGGUCAACUGUCAUCUGAAGGCUGGAGAACCAGCUUGAAUUAAUGAGAAUGCAAGUUACACUUGAUCAGACUUUACUUGAAAGAAUUCUGCAUUGCAAACUAAAAAUAAGGACUAACAGUCACUGAACAUAAUUCAUUAAAGUAAGGACCUCAUCUCUAAAAUGUGAGUACCAUUAACCCCAACACCUCAGAGUUUUUGUGGACAUCUUUCAAUGAUGAGCACAUCACAGGUAACACCAUAGGUUUGGUGCUAUUUCUGAAAAAUUGUGUAUAAAUCUGAAAGAACAUGAAGUGGAGUCAUCAAAACUACAGCAAUCCUUGAUCAUGACUUGCCAGUUUUUUUCUUACAGUGAGGAACUGAAAAAAUGCCAGGAACACGUAGAGGAACUACAACAAGAUAAAGAUGCAGUCAGCAAGGAGAUUGAAGAAGCACAGUCUCAAACCAAUAUGUAAGCAAGGGCACUGCUUCAAACUUUAUCGCGCUUAUUCUGUCUCAUUAAUUCAUCAAAUGUUGGCAAUUUUCUCUGGAGUUGAAUUCUAAAAGACUCUAUCAAAGUUCAGGAAAAGGAAAAGAAAGUUGUAGUCUUGUGUUCACUUCAUCCACAAAACAUGAAAUUAGGCAUUUUCACAUCUUAGUCGUGCAGUGACGGCAAAGAAAUGUGCGAUCAAAAGGGGUGUUGCAUGUGCAGAGCUGUUGUUUUGCCAAUCUAAACCUUUGUUUUUUGCCAUUCUCGUUGACGUUGCCAUCGUCAUUGCUUAAGCUCCCUAACAUUGACAGAUGUAGAGUAUACUUGCUUAACAAUAUCCAGUACUACCUACAUAAUAAACUUUAUUUGGUAUGUACCUGUGUUUAAUCUUAUUUGUUGCAACAGGGCAUCACUAUACAGACUGCAGGCUUAUCACUCCAAACUCUGUGCAGAGAUAGAUGCUGAAAAUGAUGUACAGAAAGAAAUUUUACAGAGGCUUCAAGAGGCAGAGUAAGCAACUAUAUAACAUGCAUGUGUAAUAUUAUUUUGGUGUAUAUCUCGUGCCCUAGCCUGGAAAAAAGCUGCUAUUUUGCAAUGCUUCCACUGGUUUCCCUGCAAAAUGGUGUCUGUGGAACAACUGCAGAAAUUCCAUACUGAUGAUCAUUCAUUCGGCAUAUGACAGCCAUUCAGCAUUCUGCAAAAUACACCUGCCAUAAAGUUACUGGUAAAUGCAUGCAUUUAAACACUUUAUUGUUUCUGUUUGAUAUAGAUUUGCCCUUGCUCAAGCCACUGUUGAACAAGGAAAGUUCCUUCUGGCGGGAAAGGAACUUGAAAAAGAAGAAAAACUUGUGGAGAAACAAAAAGCUGAUGUGGCUGCUGUCCGUUUGCGAAAGGAAAACAUGAGCGCUGUUGUGUCUGAGAGGAGAAGGAGGGCAAGGGAAAAGUAA